AUGCCUGAAGUGUUGGUGACCGAUAAUGGCAGACAACUAUCCAGCGAGGUUUUCGAAAAGUAUUGCAAUUCCAAUGGUAUCAUGCAGCUAAAGACGGCGCCGUACCAUCCUCAAAGCAACGGACAAGCAGAGAGGUUUGUAGAUACGUUCAAACGCACACUGAAGAAAAUCCAGGCAGGGGGAGAAGAGCUAGAAGAAGCCAUCGACACAUUCCUUCAGUGCUACCGAUCUACACCGUCUCGUAGCGCUCCGGAUGGAAAGUCUCCAGUGGAAGUUCUGCUAGGUCGACGCAUCCGUAUUUUGCUCUCACUGAUGAAACCGCCUAACAAAUUUCACAAGGAUGCCAGUUCCAAACAGGACCAGCAGUUUGACUGUAAACACAGUACUGAAGCGAAAAGUUUCGAGGUCAAGGACAACGUUUAUGCCAAGGUUCAUCAAGGUAAUACUUGGAAUUGGGUAGCAGGUGAAGUUGUGGAACGGAUUGGAACCGUUAUGUACAAUGUGUGGCUACCAGAUCGAAGUACAGAUGUUUGGAAAACGGAAAAUCAAACCAUCGUACUAUUAGACCUGCUCUUAAACACAUGGGAUAUCAAACCGUCGGGUUCAUCGGAAAUACCGGAAGCACCACAACCAUAUCCAGAAGAUGUAGAGUACAACGAAUUGCAGCAAGAAUUUCUUCAAGAGCUGUACCAACCGGACGUGAGACGUCGUCGACAUCUGCAACCGCAACCAAUCCCAAUGUUGACUCAAUGCUAUCGUCCACCUCGGAACCGGAAACCUCCGAUCCGCUACGAACCCUACCAUCUAUACUAA